AUGAUGAAUAGCCAACUCCUGUAUCCAGAACACCCAGCAUUACAAAAUGAAUGGGCCCUGGAAGAUAUCCGCUCAACAUUUGUGAAGUGCACCAGAUGGCAACUAGAAGACACCAUGGAUCCAAUCAACUGCCCUUAUCAUUACUUCUGUGACAGCUCUUACCCAGGAAAUUAUCCACCCACUGUCGAUAUUCUUGUAGCUGUCUUCACAACAGCUUCCUACUUCGCUACCUUAAUCUUCAUGGUGAUGGAGGUAUAUAGCAGGGGAAACACGCGACCUUCUCGUGUUCAACUACGAAGAUACUUGCUACCAUCCGGUCCAGUAUCCCUCCCGAUUUUCCUUUUGGCUUUCGCCAAGGGCCAAAGGAUAAACACAAUAUUUCCCUUCACAUGCAUCGGUCCAGCCAUCCUCCAACUGAUUCACAUAUCUGCUCUUGCCUUUGAUGACAUUGCUGACAAGGACAUCAAGUAUGCAUUUUUAAAAGCAUCAACAAUCUCCGGAAUCAUGCAUGCAAGCUUGUACCUGGAUUCAACUAUAGUGCCUUACUAUACAGGUUUUGAUGCCCUAGUUUCAUCAACCCUUUCUGGUGAGUGUAUAUCUUGUGUAUGUCGAAAAGAGGUCUUGGUUGUGGGAGGGAAGUUGGUCUCCUACAGGGGGUGGUCAAAAACUACCUUUCUUGUCAUAAGUACCCUCUGUUUAAGGAUGAUAUGCAGACUAUCCCCAGAAAACAAAGGUAAAAUCAGAUUAACUAAGUCCAUGUUGGAGAAUUUUAGUUGCAUCUUGAUAACCAUGGACUGUCUGCGUCUGGUAACAAAAUCGCCUCCUGAAAGAUACCUAUUACGCAGUGCUGCAUUUGCAGGCAUGCACCCAGCUUACACAAUGGCAUUCAAGGUGCAAAAGUUGAGACAGGAACAAGAUCCAUCACAAACAGGAAAGAAAAAUUACAACAAUACUGGGAAGAAAGAGAUAUCUGCAAAAAUUUCCAUUAUUCUUUAUGGGCUUCCAUUCAGGGGCCAAUAA